UGGAAGCAGAGGAGGCGGAUGCAGUGAAGAACCCCUCUCUCAUACAUUGCACACACACACAGUGACUGGCUCCAAGUGGAGAUCAGACGUUCUCUCGCGGAUCUAUUCUGGUAUUCUGGAAUUGUUCCGUACUAUGAUCUCCUGCGUGCUCGCGGACACCGCCCCUCCGAGCGGCCGCGCGCCCGAUCUGUCAAUCACGUCGCGCCGGUCUCGCUACAUGUGAGCGAGCGAGGGAGUGCGUGGCGCGCCGGCCAGGGCGGAUCUGCGACGCCGGUUCACGAGGAUGAAAGGUCUCCAGAUAUCGCAUCGUUUCGAUCAAUAGUUCGCCUCGCCCCCACAUCCAGCGCAGCAGCAGAGAUGAUGUGCGAGGUGAUGCCGACCAUCAGCGAGGGGGACUCGGCCGGUCCCCCCAGAGGAGCCGGCGGGGUCCCGAACGGCUCCGAGCAGGAGGCCAACUUCGAGCAGCUGAUGGUCAACAUGCUGGACGAGAGGGACAAGCUACUCGAGUCCCUCAGGGAGACCCAGGAGACCCUUAUUCAGUCGCAGACUAAACUGCAGGGGGCGCUGCACGAGAGGGACGUGCUGCAGCGUCAGAUCAACGCGGCCCUGCCUCAGGAGUUCGCCACCCUUACCAAGGAGCUGAACAUAUGUCGAGAGCAGCUGCUGGAGAAAGAGGAGGAAAUAUCGGAGCUGAAAGCUGAAAGGAACAACACCAGGCUGCUUCUGGAACACCUGGAGUGUUUGGUGUCUCGUCACGAACGCAGUCUUAGGAUGACGGUUGUGAAGAGGCAGGCCCCCCCGCCAUCUGGAGUCUCCAGUGAAGUCGAGGUCCUCAAAGCCCUCAAGUCGUUGUUUGAACAUCACAAGGCGCUGGAUGAAAAGGUGCGUGAGAGGCUUCGCGUGGCCCUGGAGAGAGUAUCUACCCUUGAAGGACAGUUAUCAGCGACCACACAAGAGCUCAGCAUGGUGAGACAAAGGAAGGACGGUGACUCAGUGGAGCGGACCGACGGAUCCAAACCUCCAUGGAAGAGACUGCCUAACGGCUCCAUCGACGUUCAUGACGACGGCGGCCGUGCGUCCGAGCUUCAAGAGCUGCUGGACAGGACCAGCAAGGAACUGGCCCAGACUCGCGAGCACUCGGCCUCCCUCAACGGCCGCGUGGCCGAGCUGGAGGCCGAACUCGCCAGCGCGCGGCGGGAGCUGAGUCGUAGCGAGGAGCUGUCGAUCAAACAGCAGCGGGAGCAGCGAGAGAGAGAAGACAUGGAGGAAAGAAUAACAACGUUAGAAAAACGUUACCUUGCCGCCCAGCGAGAAACCACACACAUCCACGACCUCAAUGACAAGCUGGAGAACGAACUGGCAACCAAGGACUCCCUUCACAGACAGAGUGAAGAGAAGGUGCGACAGCUGCAGGAAAUGCUGGAGAUGGCCGAGCAGAGGUUGGCUCAAACCAUGAGGAAGGCUGAGACGCUGCCCGAGGUGGAGGCUGAGCUGGCGCAGCGAGUGGCAGCGCUGUCCAAGGCUGAGGAGCGCCACGGCAACGUGGAGGAGCGCCUUCGACAGCUGGAGUCUCAACUGGAGGAGAAGAACCAAGAACUAGGAAGGGCUCGUCAACGGGAGAAAAUGAACGAAGAGCACAACAAGCGUUUAUCCGAUACGGUGGACCGUCUCCUCACCGAGUCCAAUGAACGGCUGCAACUCCAUUUGAAAGAACGCAUGGCUGCGUUGGAGGACAAGAACUCUCUGAUUCAAGAUCUGGAGAACUGUCAGAAACAGCUGGAAGAGUUUCACCACACACGGGAACGUCUGAUUGGCGAGAUCGAGAAACUGAGGAACGAGAUUGACCAUUUGAAACGUCGCAGCGGAGCAUUCGGAGAUGGAAGUUCGAGUCAUCCUCGGUCUCAUUUGGGCAGUGCAAGCGACCUUCGCUUCUCUGUGGUGGAGGGCCAAGAUGGCCACUACAGCACAACGGUGAUCAGGAGAGCACAAAAGGGCAGACUCUCGGCACUACGAGACGAUCCAAACAAGGACUACCCUUCGCUGCGAGGGAGCGUCGGCCACCUCCUUGGCAGCGACGUCGAGGCCGAGUCCGACCUGGACGACGACGUUAGCUCGGCCGUGCUCUCGCCGAGCGGCCAGUCGGACGCUCAGACUCUCGCGCUGAUGCUGCAGGAGCAGCUCGACGCUAUCAAUGAAGAGAUAAGGAUGAUCCAGGUGGAGAGAGAGUCAGCCGACCUGCGUUCGGAUGAGCUCGAGUCCCGCAUGAACAGUGGGAGCAUGGACGGACUCAACGUGACGCUUCGACCGCGGGCGCUGCCCAUGUCGGCCACGGCCCAGUCCUUGGCGUCGUCCUCCUCGCCGCCAAACAGCGGCCACUCCACGCCUAAACACCAUUCGCGCAACACAAGUCACCAUCUCGGCAUCAUGACUCUGCCAAGUGACUUGAGGAAACACCGGAGGAAAGUAGCAUCUCCGGUGGAGGUGGACAAGGCGACAAUCAAGUGUGAGACAUCGCCUCCUUCCUCGCCCCGCAGCUUACGUCUAGAAACCAAUUUUGCCCAGUUCACGGGCAGUCUGGAGGAUGGACGAGGGAAGCAGAAGAAAGGUAUUAAGUCAUCGAUUGGCCGGUUGUUUGGCAAGAAGGAGAAGGGUGGGCGUAUGGAGCCAACAAGGGAGUUUGCCAGGGAUGGACCACAGCUAGCAGCGCUAACAGUAUUUAUUUCAGACUUUGACAUGGCUGUUGGAGACACUAUGACUCUGGGAAAGCUGGGCACCCAAGCCGAGAGGGAUCGCAGGAUGAAGAAAAAACAUGAACUCUUGGAAGACGCCAGGAAAAGAGGUUUACCAUUUGCCCAGUGGGACGGCCCAACAGUUGUUUCCUGGCUCGAGCUGUGGGUGGGCAUGCCAGCUUGGUACGUGGCGGCGUGUCGCGCUAACGUGAAGAGCGGCGCCAUCAUGUCCGCUCUGUCGGAUACGGAGAUCCAGAGGGAGAUCGGCAUCAGUAACCCACUGCAUCGACUUAAACUGCGCUUGGCCAUCCAAGAGAUGGUCUCCCUCACAAGCCCUUCUGCACCGCUCACCUCCAGAACGUCCUCCGGAAAUGUGUGGGUGACUCACGAAGAGAUGGAGAACCUGGCUUCGUCCACCAAAGCGGCCAAUGAGGAGGGCAGCUGGGCGCAGACGUUGGCAUACGGAGACAUGAAUCACGAGUGGAUCGGGAACGAGUGGUUGCCCAGCCUCGGCCUGCCUCAGUACCGCUCCUAUUUCAUGGAGUGUCUGGUGGAUGCCCGCAUGCUGGACCACCUGACCAAAAAGGACCUGAGGAGCCACCUCAAGAUGGUGGACAGCUUCCACAGGGCGAGUCUUCAGUAUGGGAUCAUGUGCUUGAAGAGACUCAAUUACGACAGGAAAGAAUUAGAGCGCCGGAGAGAGGACAGUCAACAUGACAUGAAAGAUGUGUUGGUGUGGACCAACGAACAAGUGAUCCACUGGGUCCAGUCCAUCGGUUUAAGGGAGUACAGCGGCAACCUCUUGGAGAGCGGCAUUCACGGGGCGCUGGUCUCUCUGGAUGAGACCUUUGACUACAGCAGCCUGGCCCUCAUCCUGCAGAUCCCCAUGCAGAACACACAGGCCCGGCAGGUUCUGGACCGGGAGUUUAACAACCUGUUAGCCUUGGGAACGGACCGACGGCUCGAGGAGAGCGGAGACGACAAGUCUUUCCGCCGUUCUCCGUCGUGGCGAAAGAGGUUCCGGGCCCGAGAGGGAGGGGCGGGGCUGGGGAUGAUGGCCGGCUCCAUGGAAACGCUGCCCGCCGGCUUCCGCAUGCCCUCCAUGUCCAUGCCGCCUUCUAUGAAUCUCAUGCCCAAGAAGCAGCUCCAGCCUGAAGCUCCGCCCCCAGCAUCACCGAGGCUCGACCCCUCUACGGUGCGGACCUACUCAUGCUAACUCACUUUGGCUUACUAACAGAAGCCCUGAUGCUAGCAGUGCAUUGUCAUUACCUGUACGGACACAUGCUUGCGGCCUUUUGAGAGUGAUAUGCCAAAUUUGAAGAGAGUGCUACCAGGGUGCCAGUGAGGUCAAAGGCCUCUGACCUUUCACCUCCUUCUUCGGACACGUGCAAUACCGAGGCCGAGUCUUAAACUCUUGAGAGCGGCCGUGGGCCGCUGUCGCUGCUGUAAAGGAGACUCGCCUCUGCUCUCAACUAGCGGAACCCAGUGCCCCCCCUUGUAGCCUCGUCACGGUGGUUUUCGUGCUCCCCGAUCUCAGCUGCGAGUCGUCGUCCUCCUCGCCGUUACUCAAGCCUCAACGCGGACGACUCGCCGCGACGCAUUGCCCUUCUAUCGGUUAUGCAAGGUAUUACUCAAUGAUCCAAUCUGUACUGUAUAUAAAAUGGAUGACUACUUUUUUUAUAAAGUAUAUAUAUAUAUAUAUAUAUAUAUAUAUAUUGGAAAUAUAUAUGGAAAAAUGUAAUGGCUGUAUGAACCUUAUUGCCCUGUAUUCAACAGUGACUGUUCUCUCACUUUUUCUUUGUCUUUGUGUCGGACCUUAGUGUGUCUUUUGCCGUAUGAUGUAAGUGUGAAUUACCAUGGGAGGACCUCGCUAAGAUGGGUUCUCCUCACAGGUUCAUGGGUCCAAUUUCAGAUUUUUCUCCCUUACUCUCCCUAUUCUUUUAACACCAUGUCCAGAGGUGGGUAGAAACGCGUUACAUUUACUCCGUUACAUUUUAAGAAAAAUGUAUUAGCACGCCAUACUUUUAACUUUUACGUUGAUUUGUGGAGAAGAAACGUUACUCUUACUCAUGGGCGUCGCCAGUUAUAUUUCACAGGGGCCUGUGCCCCAGUAUUGAUCUGAAGCAUGAAUUUCACCAAUUCAAAAAUUUGAAAUAAACUAAGCCUGCAAGCAGGACUGAACGGGCGCAAAUCGGACGGCAGGCAGCUCUAUGUGGUUGCAGAUCGUUCCCCUCUCAUCAUCCCAUGAGAAACUAACGUGUGCUUGAAAUUCGCCCCCUUUGUUUUUGAUGGGAAACACAUUCGAACACCUAGGUGAAAAAACACCCUAUUGAAGAGGGUCCUACAAAGAAGGCAAAACCAAAAUGAAGCUUAUAAUCGGUCCAAUUCAACCAAGUGUGCCAAAUUUCGUGGCUCAGUAAGCUCCCUAAGUCCCUGAAGAAAUCUUUUUAAAUGGCGACCAAAUGGUCGUCAUGGCAACAGACAGAGACAUGUGGACACGGGCAAGGUUGUAGGUGUGGUCUCAACAUUGGUAGGGACGCUAUAAAACAAAUUUACACAUGGCCGUGGUUUUGUGUGUGUUUUUUAUGGAGGAGGGAAUAAAAAUGUCUGCAAAAUAUAUUUAAAUAUAUGAUGUAGAAAAGAAACACAUUUUAAGUAAUGAAUAAAUGCACAGUUGAAUUAACGUUAACAGUAGAAAACAUACAGAAGGAUGCUUCUCUCUAUGCAGCUUCUACUUGAGAUUUACAGGUUUGCAAGUUCACACAGUUUAAUGUUAUGUUAACCCUGAUGCAGGUCAAAUGUUCUGUAGCAAAAUUAGUGGCAUUUUCCCCACCAUUACCUACAGUGGCUGCUGCUGGCCGAAAAAAAGAAACUUCAAAUAUCCUUUCUCUUUGAAGGAGGCGGCAUGUAAGUUUGAACAUAAUGAAAAUAAUUCACUUACUAAUGGGUCUAUUCUAUGCUUACAACAUAUGGGAAGGCAAUCUAACAGAACUCAUUAGAUAAUGCAAAUAAGGUUGAUUAAAAGUUGGUGAGGACAAUUCAAGCAUCCUCAAAAGUUGGUUGUGUUAUGUCCCUACCGUCCCUAUGCAAAUCUACGCCCUUGGACACGUGCCUUAAAUGUCGUAUUAAAAAAGGUCUUGUAACUACAAUGACCAACCUGAAAAGAACUGGACAUAUAUAAGUAGAAUAAAUGACUUUCCGUUGCCUCUAGUUGGCGCUGUAGGGUUGAUGCAAAUGACCCCUACAGACCCUUCAGUGUAUGACUCUCAACAAGCACAGGAAGUUUGGCGCAGAUAUGUUCUAUGUCUGCCAAGUUAUGACUGUUCAAAAUUUGUGCUGAGACAAAAUGGCGACGGUCAUUCUCACUUUCCUGUUUGGGCCCCUCUGCUUCAACAAAAUCUCAAUAUUUUUCAUCAGGCACUUGAACACAUGUCUAAAGGCUCCCCUGAUGCAGAUUUGAGGUCAAUUGAUUUUUUUAACCCUUGGAGAAUGAGCCUGUCUAGGAAAUAAAGGGUGUUUCCUGUUCCCAGCAGGGGGUGCAAGGGUUAAUGGGUAAUAUUUCAAUGCAGUCGUGUUAAGGCUGGGAUACCUCUCAUACAUGCCAGAUAUGAAAAAGACUGAACCUUAGAUCAGGCAGUUAUUCGUCAUUUACUGAAUUUAACGUGUUGCCAAAAAAAAGCCGACUUUAGCACCCUGUCCAGCUCCGGCCCAUGAAUCAAAACCCACCAUUUUCAUAACUUUAGAUCUCAUAUGUCUCAUGAACAGUCUCACCAAUUUUGAGGAGGAUCCAACUAACUCCCUAGGUGCCAAUGUCUCAGAUUUGCACCCUGUAAAUCAAUAUAAAUUUCACAUUCAAUCCAAAAUACCUGAUUUGCUGUUGGGUUUGGAAUAUGGGUAAAAGACACUUUUGGAGCAGUUUUGCACAGUGAAUCAACUCCUAAUUUUUUUUUUUUUGAAAAAUGAAAAGGGGGGGCACUCAGCCAUUUUGUUAGUUUUUCGCAACGUUGCAAAAUUAUUUAAAUUUACGCCAAGUCACAAGCUCGUUAUCUCAAAACUUUGGUGAGUUUUCGAGCAUAUUAAGGCCUCCAAAUUGGCCAUUUUCAUUUGCCAUGUAAAACAUAUUAAUAAUAAUAACUAAACAGGACUGAACGGGCCCUUGCAGUUUGAUGCAGCUCAGGUUGGUGGCAGAUCGUCCCGUACUCAUCAUGUGCUCGAAACUUUCCUUUUUUUUUUGUGUGGAAACUCUUUAUGUAACUGGUGUGUCGGCGGCGCCCCGCAUUCCACUCCCACCUCUGACCAGGCCGGGACGCAAACACGCGCGCCACGACGCUUCCACUCGGCAGGCAAGGACGGUAACCACUGCGCUAAUAAAGCUCGAGCCAACGGCGCAGCCGUUAGCGUCCUUCCACGAAGGAAUCGGCAGGGAGGUUUCCACGCUCCACAACGGACCUGCGUGUACCUGUUACAUUUAGUGUAUUGGGCAUGGGUGAGAAAAAUACAUUCACACACCUAGGUGAAAAAACUCCUAUUGAAGAGGGUCCUACAAAAAAGGAGGCCCAACUGAGCUGUGCAGCCAUGCUCUAAUUCAAAACCAAAAUGAAUCUUCUAAUUCGACCAAGUGUGCCAACUAUUCUUACUUGAGUAAUAUUAUUUGGGAGUAACGCUACUCGUACUCGAGUCAAAUCUUUGGCUACUCUACCCACCUCUGACCAUGUUCCCCUUUCCUUGUAUGACACUGUGUAACCUCGAGUAGAGAGGACGCCGUUAUGUGAAGAGGGAACCGUUCUUUGUGGCCGUUCGGUGUAAACACUGUAGCUACCUUUUCCGCUGCUGCUCUGUAUCAUUGAUCCUCUCCGAUCCCUUCCUGUUUAGUUGCCAUGGAGACGCGUCCAGUGAGGAGUCAGUACUUUUUGAAAAUGCAGCAUAUGAACUAAGUGAAGUCCUGGAUGUAUGUGCAAUCUUUUCUUUUUAAUUUGAAUUUUUUCUAAUUUUUUUUUUUUUUAGGAUUUUCCAAGGUGUCUAAAAGGUGUAACGUGCUAUGUGGCAGCUAUGAGUACUGUGUCUUUAUUCCAGGUGUGAAACAAUGCUGACAUAUCAAGAUUUUAUCAUUUGGCUAUUUAAAAAAAAAAGUACUGUAUCUAUGACACUAUAUAGACAUGAGUAAAGCUGUUUUUUAAA